AUGGUUGCACAAGUUUGUUUAUCAGGUACAUUCACUAGUUGAUUGAUCAAUAUAUGGCUCGGGAGUUCUAAAUCUCUCCGCAAGAGUCCAUCCGAACCCUGCAAAUUUAGUACAAAGUUAAAAGUUGCGCAAUCUGAGAUAACAUUGCGCAACUUCUCUCUUUGUAGGAAUUUCUGCCUUUCUCUGUCGCCUCCUCCUUUUUUGUCAACUUUUAACUUUGGACUAACAAGGGAAGUACCCCAAGUGCGACGCUCAGAUUUUCUUUACAAGGAAAGUACUUUUAUGGGGGCUCCUACUUUUUGACGGGACAUACCUCAAACAAUCAGAAAAAAUGUGCUGAUUAAGGAUAUAUAAAUCUUAGCUGCCCAUUUUGGGCUUUUAGGGGUGAAAAUGCCCAAAAACUGGCUCAAUUUCCCUACAAAAGGCGCAUGCAUUCGAAACGAUAAAAAGCGCAGUCGGUCUCUUCCUUCGGAAGAGAGCGGUGUGGCCGAGUGGUUAGUGCCGUAGUCUGGGAUUCAAGAGGGGGAACGCCGCACGGGUUCGACUUCCCUUUUGGGCCGAAUCAACUUUUUUUGAAGUGAAGGUUGGAAAAAUAAAUUUUUGUGCCAAGACUGAUUUAUUACGUAUUAGAAUCUCAAUAAACAUCAUUUUAAGCCAAAAUAAAAUUUAUAAACCCGUGCAAAAUUAAGCGAAAAGGGGUUCAUAUAGGACUUUAAGUCAACUUUCAAUUGAGUUUUCACCCCUAAAAACCUAAAAUGGGCAGCUAAGAUUUAUGUAUCCUUGAUCAGCACAUUUUUUCUGAUUUUUUGAGAUAUGUCCCGUCAAAAAGUAGGAGCCCCCAUAAAAGUACUUUCCUUGUUAAAUUUUGCACACACGUCGGGAAUCGCAAAUAUCUUAGACAAAAAUAUUCUAAAUUUAUACCAAGUUUCAUCAAAAUCUGAGCGUCGCACUUGGGGUACUUCCCCUGUAAAUUUGGAGGCUUCGGAUGGACUUGCGGAGAGAUUUAGAAGUCCCGAGUCAUAUAUGAAGUGUUUCAAAUAAUAACAUUACUUUAGAAAGACAUCUGAGUGAAUCAAAUCGCCUUUUCGAAGACUUGUUUCGGACUUAUCAGAAGUUGGUUCGACCAGUCGUUAAGCCCAACGAAUCUGUUGAGAUCGAAUUCCAAUUCAAAUUACUCCAGAUCCUUGACGUCCAUGAAAAAGAGCAGAUUCUGAGCACUUCCGGAAUCUUAAAUCAUGUUUGGACGGAUCACAGACUCCGAUGGAGCCCUGAGGAAUACGGUAAUGUGAGCAUGUUACAUGUCCCGGGGGAGAGAUUGUGGCUUCCAGAUAUUAUCCUUUACAAUAAUGCGGACGGAACCCCAACUCCCAGGAAGAUUACAAAGGUAAUUUCUUUAGCAAUUGAUUCGACUUUGAGGCGGAUCUUUAUUCUAAUGGGAGCAUUCGUUGGACCCCUCCGGCCAUUUACAAUUCCCUUUGUUUAAUCGACACCCAAUGGUUUCCUUAUGAUGAACAACUUUGCACUCUCAAAUUUGGAUCUUGGACUUAUUCUGGAGAUGAGUUAGACCUCCGACAGCCGGAUUCGGAUGAUCUGGAGAAUAUUACCUUACCAGAUGGGAGUUGUGAGAUCAGAGUUGAGGUUGGAGUGGACAUCACAGAGUAUCAGGAGUCCGUGGAAUUCGAUCUACUCUCCGUUGUGGGAAGUCGGCACGAGCGAUAUUAUCCAUGUUGUGAUUUCCCGUAAGAAUUUUCAGUUUGAUUAUCGUUUUUAGAGCCAUCGAUAUAACUUAUGACCUGGCGAUAAGAAGAAAAAAAUUGUUUUACACUGUGAAUCUGAUGAUUCCGUGCAUUGGAAUAGCAAUGCUGGCCUCAUUUGUGUUCUAUCUUCCGAGUGAAUCCCACAACAAAAUUACUUUAUGUAUCUCGGUUCUGGUCGCUCUUACCGUAUUCUUCUUACUGCUAGUGAGUACACCAAGUAUCUUAUGUUUGUUGUUGAUUAGAUCGAAAUCAUCCCUCCAACAAGCACAGCGACCCCUCUAAUUGCCAAAUAUCUUCUGUUUACCAUGAUUAUGGUCAGCUUGUCAGUUGCAGCGACCACUUUUGUGUUGAAUAUCCAUCAUCAGGGCAUCAAGCCCAUGCCAACUUUCAUUAGAACUUUCGUAAUCCAAUUCCUGGGAUCAUCCAUGUUGGUUUAUAAGAAGCCGAGUGAAUGUUUUGAAAAGAAAAAGAAGAGAAUGCCUAUAAAUGACGCCCUCAGAUAUCUGGAUGACCAAUUUAAGAAGGUUGAGCAGGUUCAGUGCAAGAUCGAAAAGGCCACCUUGUCUUAUCCUACUGUAAUAUCUAUCAAUCAGUAAGUUAAUCCAAUUUGGACUUUAUUUUUCAAGAAAUCCUCUCCAAAUUUGAAAAUAGAUCCGUAAAUAUUUUUUCCCCAAAAUAUUCAAAAAUAGGCCCUAAAAAUACCGUAAUCUAAUGCCAGGGAAGAAAGCUGUUUUUCUCGAAAGUACAGUUUUUUUGCGUCCUCGGAUGUUAUGAAAACAACAUUUUAACUUGUAAGGCACGAAAACAACCCCCUUCAAAUACGUUUUUCUCGUAUCUACGUAUCUGCACGCAUAGAGUGCACAAAAAAAAUAAAAUGCCAUGUUUUCGGUUCUUCUUUGCUGAAAUACAGUAAGAAAAGCACGUGGGAAGAAGGUUGCGAGUGAAUGGGAAGAACGUUAAAAUGAGGGAAAAUUUUUUGUUAGGGAAGUUUUAUAUUGUACUUGAUAUUAUUCGUUAAGAUUUGUAAUUUGUACAAGAUCUAGACACUUUCAGCACCCUUUCUAAUGACAAAAAUGAACCCGUUCGAAGGGAAUUACGUCAUAAAAUACGAAAGAUCAGCAAGAACAUCAAAUAUAUUCAAAAAGAUAUUCAAAGGGAGACCAAUAAUGAGGAUGUAAGUGGAAGAAUCGCUAAGUACGAGUGAUUGUAGAUGAGAUCCGACUGGAAAUUGGUGGCCAUGUUGACUGAUCGGGUCUUCUUACUCAUCUUCUCGCUUGUCAUUCUGGCCGGAACAUUAGUGGUGACACUAACAGCACCUUCUUUGAGAGAUACCCGGAUCCCUGUCACCGUUUAUUUCCCCGAAGUUAUUACUUAUGACGACGAAUAA